UCCACCGCACCAGGGUCUGUCGACAACUGCUCCUGCCUCCUCCAGUCUCAUCUGAAGUAUAAGAGAGAGAAGCAGAAACAAGGCCCAACUAAUGUGCUGUCUCUAAGUGACAUCAAAUAUCCUCAUAACAUCAUAAUGAUUGCAGUGCUAUAUCUUGAGUUGUUACUGGUUGCCACUUCUCUCCUAUCAGCCGUGGAUCUGCUUACUUUCAACAACACUGUAGACAGAAGAAUAACACUAUUGAGCGGUUGUGUGGAGGCGGUGUUGACAACUGUGUCUGAGCCUCGCUGUUCCGUCAUGUUCUUCACGGACGGAGCAUCAACCCUCAGAACUGUGGCUAAGAACAGUAUCCUGCGUCUCCAGCACAGAAAUUUGUGGACAUUUUCGUGUGUAUCAGUCUUCGAGGUGUCAACGGAUGGUGAGGACGUCAGGCGCAUGCAGCUCUCCAUGGUGGUCGGUGAGGCUCAGCGGCUGCGGCAGGUGUCGUGGUGUGUGACGGUGGUGGUGGUGAGCGACGACCUCACCUUCCUCGCCACCUUCGCCCAGUGGUCCCUCAGGAGCCGCUUGGUGGUCCCCACAACGAGGCUCCUCGCCCUCACCGACGCCUCCCUGGUAAACACUCCCGGCCUCAGCAAGAUCUUCUCCAUGAUGAACGCCUUGAUGAUCGUCCAGGAAAACUCCCUGAGAUUCUUAAGGUGCGGGGUGUACCUGCAGGUGCCGUACAGUCCCCUGGGCGCCCAGGCGCUGAAGGUGGCCUCCUGGACGCCCCAGGGAGGCCUCGCUCUCACCUCCAGCCUCCCGCUCUUCCCAGACAAGUUCUCAAGGCUCUCCAAUAGGCCCACUUUAGUGGUUAUAUCAGAACCUUAUCUCACUCACGAAGCUGUGAUGGUCGACGAUCCAAAGUCUCCAGGAGGGAAAAGACUCACCUUCUCCAGUUCUCUAGCCAAUGUUCUCCAAGUCUUUGCGGAGGCUACAAAUUUUACGUACACGUGGGUGAGGUCUCCUGAUCAACUGUGGGGAAACCAGCUGAGAAAUGGGUCGUGGUCUGGCCUGAUUGGUGUUGUGUCCAGGGAGCAGUUGGCAAGUGGAGCGUGCCACCUCCUGUGA